UCAUGCAACCCGAUUUCCAGGAAACGUCGGUUCCCAGCCUCAACCGCAACAGACAUGGCCGGCACAAAACGCAAGGCACACCACAAAAGUCGCUUAGGCUGUAAGAACUGCAAGGCCCGGAAAGUCAAGUGCGAUGAGAACAAGCCGUCAUGUUCAAACUGCGUUAGGCGCCAAGUAGAGUGUGAUUUUUCCCCAAUGGGAACUCCCCAGCCGCCGCCCGUGUCUCCCGGGGGCCUCAAUAUGACGGAUUUGGAGCUGCUGCAUCAUUACACCACCGCCACGUACCGGACCUUGGUAGAAAGCCCAACGGUGAGGGAGUUCUACAGGAAGACGGUCGUGCAGGUGGGGCUCAGCUGCGACUACAUCAUGAGGGCCAUACUAGCUGUGUCCAGUCUGCACCUCGCCCAUCACCGUCCACAAGGGCGAGACCACUACCAGGCCGUGGCCAUCGCCCACCACCAGGCCGCGUCGCAGGCCGCCAUGCCGCUCAUCUCGGACGCGACGCCUGAGAACGCGCAGAUGCUUUUCCUGUUCUCCGUCCUGACGACUUAUUAUUCUCUGGGGUGGCCGCGCAAACCCGGUGAUGUCCUCCCUCGCGCGAACUCGGGGUUCCCCGACUGGGUGUAUCUUGUACGCGGGACGAAGGGCUUCAUCGACCUGGCAGGCGUGCCGAGUGAGGGGCCGCUGGCGCCGUUGUUCGCGCACUCGAUCAGCCGCUUCAUGCUGCGGGAAGGGCCGGAGGCGGCCGACUCGUCGGCGCACCCGGCGCUGGCGCACCUCGCCGAGGCCUUUGCGCAGCGGCCGCUGGAGCCGGGCCUGCGCCAGAUCUACGGGACGGCGCUGCAGGAGCUGAAGAAGUCGUUCGGCCAGGCGCAGGCGUGCGCGCCGCAGUACGAGAUGACGGACGCCUUCACGUGGCUCUUCCUGAUCGCCGAGGACCUGCUGCCGCUGCUGCGGACGCCGACGCAGGAGGCCGUCGCCAUCUUUGCCUUCUUCUGCGUGCUGCUCAAGAAACUCGAGGGCCACUGGUGGAUGCAGGACUGGGGCCGGCACCUCAUUGCUCACGCGUACGGGCUGCUGGACGAGGAGGGUCGCCUGUUGGUUCGCUGGGCGGUGGAGGAGACUGGCUGGGUGCCGCCGUCCGCCAUGGAACGCUUCUGAGGUAACGGAGGCUUCUUGCGUGUCUUGUCUGUGUAUUUAUUAAAUGUAUCCUUGGUCAAAACCGAUUCGCUUUUCAUCGUAGGCACUCAGGUCACGCAAGGAAAAGGCAAUGGGACGAAGAAAAAGCAGUGGCAAAGGAAGAAAACAGUAAAGAGGCAAAUGUAUAUAAUUCUAAAUAGUACAUAGGUAGGGAGGUGCAUUGAUCUGUCUAGAGCAUGUAAGGUAGGGAAUUAUUACA